UGAUAGAUUUUAAAUUGGAUAUAUUUUCCAUGUGAAAAAGCUCUUAUGUAUACUGUGUCUGUUUUGUCAGGAUGUUAACUUUUCAACCUCUUCCCUUAUUGGUCAAGUGUCCUGCUAUAAUGCACAGCUAUUGGAGGAGUGGUCUGGCUGUGUGUGUCGGAGCAUAUCCGGGAGGAGGGGGUUGGGCCUAGGCUAUAAACUGUGGACAAAUCCCAAUGAGUAUGUGUGACAGAGAGAGGAACACAUACACAAAGGGAAAGUGAGUAGAGCAGAAAAGCAGAAGUGAGAAGAGGGGAUAUAGCCAGAAAGAGACUUGUUUGUGGACUACUGUUUGACAUGGGAGCCACCUCAUAGAUUCUUCAAGGAAAUCCGUACUUCAACCCUAGUUUUGCUGAAUUGGAACACAAACAAAAAGUGGGUAAAGAAGAGAAGAAGGAGAAAUGAAGGACUUGGUGCAGUCAGUAGAACUAGGGGUCUCUCAACGGAAAGGCGUUAAUGUAACUCGACCCAGAGUUUGGCUAAAGAAUGAAUUUGUUCGUGUGGGACUUGCUGAAUCCCUUUGCACGUAUGUCAUGAUGGCGUUGGGCCUGGGGUCUGUGGCCCAGGUAGUGACAGGACAGGGCGCAUUUGGACAAUACCUCAGCAUCAACCUGGGUUUUGGACUGGGUGUUGCUAUGGGGGUUCAUGUUGGAGGAAAGGUCUCAGGGGCUCAUAUGAAUGCAGCAGUGUCACUUACAAUGUGCGUGUUUGGCCGCCUUGCAUGGAAGAUGCUGCCUUUGUAUGUUUUCGCGCAGCUAUUGGGCUCAUUUCUGGCAGCAGGGACAAUUUAUGCUGUCUAUAAUGAAGCCAUAUAUGACUAUUGUGGAGGAAACCUGACUGUAACUGGUGUAAAGGCCACAGCUGGUAUCUUUGCCACCUAUCCAGCACCGUACCUCUCCUUGUUUGCUGGAUUCAUUGACCAGGUGUUUGGCACAGCUAUGCUGCUGCUGUGCCUGAUGGCUCUGUCCGACCAGAAGAACAAACCGGCCGCAGCGGGUAGCGAGCCUGUCGUAGUGGGUCUCCUGGUGCUCCUCAUUGGCAUUUCCCUGGGCAGCAACAGCGGCUAUGCCAUCAACCCCACCAGAGACAUUGGACCCAGGGUGUUCACUGCCAUAGCAGGCUGGGGGACUGAUGUGUUCAGGGCUGGAAAUGGGUGGUGGUGGGUGCCUCUAGUUGCCCCUUGCAUUGGAGGAGUAUUGGGUGCAGGGAUCUACAAGGCAUUGGUGGAAAUGCACCACCCUCCCCUCUCUGAACAGGGUGAGAGGCUGGUGGAGGAGUUGGCGGAAGAGACUUCCCCUCUGGGAAAACAAGGAAACUGUGAAACUAAUGUAUGUGUCUGAAACCCCACUACAUCUCUUGUAAAGCAAAGUGAAUCAUUCCAUGAUGAUGAAUCGUUAAAGGAUAGACCAAAAACAAAUCACUUCAAUGGGGAAGAAAGAAGGAAGAAGGCUCAAAUUAGGUUUUGAAUAUCUUAAACAAUUAUCAUCAUCAACCUUAGUUACUCAGCUAGCAUCUCUGUGCUCAUGAGUGACUGUAACGCACAUAAAUUAUACAUUAAUAGAUAUUUUGAACCAUUAAGACUUAUUGUUUCUAUGCACGCUAGUUAUAAAAGUAAGUUAAAACCAAAAGGAGUCAUUUUAUGCAUUGAAGAUGAAAAAAACAAAACACAAUCAUUGGAUUCUAUUUUAUGUUUAUAUUAUUGAGGCAAUAGCAGCCGAUACAACUGGAAGACACUAUAAAUAUCAUUCAUUAUAAUAAUCAACAGGAGACCACUUACAUGAGAUUGGAAACUACAGUGUAUGGAAGGAAAAUUAAACAGCACUGCACUUAAAUAAAUGUUUUGAGAAUUGCAGGAGUGGCUCCUCGCAGCUUUAAAGGGCAGCAGCACAACCAAAGAUAAUGUACACAUUUCCAACAAUCCAGUGCAAAGUACCAUAAAGCUGCAACGUAUAAAUAUGUCUUGAUUAACUAUGUGGGAGCUUCUCAGUACAAAAUGUAAUCUUAGAUGUGUACUAGCUCAGAUGCAUACUUUUGGCAUUUAAAACCUUAAAUGGAUAAAGCUAAGAAAUGUUAUCUCCAAAAUGCUCCUUAUAUAAUAAGUUCAUUAAUGAAAUCAUCAGAGCAAAUGCAAAAUAACAACUUGUUUUUAUGUUUGUGAGGUUUACAGAGGAACACAGCAUCAGUGAGGCACUGCAGUGAUGUGACGCCCAGUGACUUACUUAGAUUAUUGAAGAAUAGCUUGAUGGUUUAUUGCCAGUUUUGAUAGUGCAACAUGUUACAUUUCAUGGUUCACAUUGGCAUGCACUCUAAAUCCUCAACAUUUUCAGUAAAUCACGGAAUUCAUUUCUCCCUGCAAAAUAAUGUGAUCCUUUCAUUUUGAGGUUCAAUUUGUAGAUAUAAGUCUUCGGUCAUACAAGCACUUUUACCGACUGACUGAAACCAUCACGGUGUUAUGUUCAUUCAUCCUGUUUCCUUGAAUUUUACAGUCACAUAAACAUAAAAUCAUGUGGUAGCAAUCCAUUUUCACACUUCUUGUAAAAUGUUUUAUAUUGUAAAUAUUAUUGUUAUAUGACAAAUUCAGAAAUUUAAAUAUGUACAGUGGCAAACCAGACCUGAAAAUAACUACAUACUUACAAUGAUAAAGUGUCCUUAUUGAGUGUUACUGAGUCCUACAUUGUAACAGCAGUGGUGCAAUUUGUUAUUACAUAUCAGUAUUAUUUGUGCUAUGUCGGCAGCACAUGAUCAUCUUUUAUGAAUUGUCUGCUUUGCCUUAUUUUUAACACUAGGUGUCACUAGUGUUAAACACUGUGUUAAAUGGAGCUUCCAAUAAUAAAUCUAUUGCUGAUG